GGCCCCCGGGGAGGUCGGCGGCGGCGCCGCAGUCGUGGAGGGGCACUGGGAUCGUAGGCGGCCGCGGGCGACGCAAGUUCCGCACGGAGCCCGUCUCUUCUCGCCUCACGCUUCUUCCUCUCUCCUAGUUGCGCGCUGCCUCCCGACGGCCGCUCUUCCUGACGAGAGCUUUCGGAGUGCGGUUGCUGAGGAGAAGCCGUCACCACCCCGCCUCGGGGCCGAGUGAGGGUUCCUGUCGCGCCGCGUCGCCCCCUGCGCCGCCUCCUUGCCCUCAGUGGCGGGCGCCCUUCUCGCUGGAAGCACUCCCCCCAGCUCCAUGAAUGGAAAUCGGCUCCGCAGGACCCGUUGGGGCCCAGCCCCUACUCAUGGUGCCCAGAAGACCUGGCUAUGGCACCAUGGGCAAACCCAUUAAAUUGCUGGCUAACUGUUUUCAAGUUGAAAUUCCAAAGAUCGAUGUCUACCUCUAUGAGGUAGAUAUUAAACCAGACAAGUGUCCUAGGAGAGUGAACAGGGAGGUGGUUGACUCAAUGGUUCAGCAUUUUAAAGUAACUAUAUUUGGGGACCGUAGACCAGUUUAUGAUGGAAAAAGAAGCCUUUACACAGCCAAUCCACUUCCUGUGGCAACUACAGGGGUAGAUUUAGAUGUUACUUUACCUGGGGAAGGUGGAAAAGAUCGACCUUUCAAGGUGUCAAUCAAAUUUGUCUCUCGGGUGAGUUGGCACCUACUACAUGAAGUACUGACAGGACGGACCUUGCCAGAGCCACUGGAAUUAGACAAGCCAAUCAGCACUAAUCCUGUCCAUGCCGUUGAUGUGGUGCUACGACAUCUGCCCUCCAUGAAAUAUACGCCUGUGGGGCGUUCCUUUUUCUCAGCUCCAGAAGGAUAUGACCACCCUCUGGGAGGGGGCAGGGAAGUUUGGUUUGGAUUCCAUCAGUCUGUUCGGCCUGCCAUGUGGAAAAUGAUGCUUAAUAUUGAUGUUUCUGCCACUGCCUUCUACAAAGCACAACCUGUAAUUCAGUUCAUGUGUGAAGUUCUUGACAUUCAUAAUAUUGAUGAGCAGCCAAGACCUCUGACUGAUUCUCAUCGGGUAAAAUUCACCAAAGAGAUAAAAGGUCUGAAGGUUGAAGUGACUCAUUGUGGAACAAUGAGACGGAAAUACCGUGUUUGUAAUGUAACAAGAAGGCCUGCCAGUCAUCAAACCUUUCCUUUACAGUUAGAAAAUGGCCAAACUGUGGAGAGAACAGUAGCACAGUAUUUCAGAGAAAAGUAUACUCUUCAGCUGAAGUACCCACACCUUCCCUGUCUGCAAGUGGGGCAGGAGCAGAAACAUACCUAUCUGCCACUAGAAGUCUGUAAUAUUGUGGCAGGGCAACGAUGUAUCAAGAAGCUAACGGACAAUCAAACCUCCACUAUGAUCAAAGCAACAGCAAGAUCUGCACCAGAUAGACAAGAGGAAAUUAGCAGAUUGGUAAGAAGUGCAAAUUAUGAAACAGAUCCAUUUGUUCAGGAGUUUCAAUUUAAAGUUCGGGAUGAAAUGGCCCAUGUAACCGGACGUGUACUUCCAGCACCUAUGCUCCAGUAUGGUGGCCGGAAUCGGACAGUAGCAACACCAAGCCACGGAGUAUGGGACAUGCGAGGGAAACAGUUCCACACAGGAGUUGAAAUCAAAAUGUGGGCUAUAGCUUGUUUUGCCACACAGAGGCAGUGCAGAGAAGAAAUAUUGAAGGGUUUCACGGACCAGCUGCGGAAGAUUUCUAAAGAUGCAGGGAUGCCCAUCCAGGGCCAGCCUUGCUUCUGCAAAUAUGCGCAGGGGGCAGACAGCGUGGAGCCCAUGUUCCGGCAUCUCAAGAACACGUACUCUGGGCUACAGCUCAUUAUUGUCAUCCUGCCAGGGAAGACACCAGUGUAUGCGGAGGUGAAGCGUGUUGGAGAUACACUUUUGGGUAUGGCUACACAGUGUGUUCAAGUCAAGAAUGUAAUAAAAACAUCCCCUCAAACUCUCUCAAACCUGUGCCUAAAGAUAAAUGUUAAACUUGGAGGGAUCAAUAAUAUUCUUGUACCUCAUCAAAGACCUUCUGUGUUCCAGCAACCAGUGAUCUUUUUGGGAGCAGAUGUCACUCAUCCACCAGCUGGGGAUGGGAAGAAGCCUUCUAUUGCUGCUGUUGUAGGUAGUAUGGAUGCCCACCCAAGCAGAUACUGUGCUACAGUAAGAGUUCAGAGACCCCGACAGGAGAUCAUCCAGGACCUUGCCUCCAUGGUCCGAGAACUUCUCAUUCAGUUUUAUAAGUCAACUCGGUUCAAACCUACUCGUAUCAUCUUUUAUCGGGAUGGUGUUUCAGAGGGGCAGUUUAGGCAGGUAUUAUAUUAUGAACUACUAGCAAUUCGAGAAGCCUGCAUCAGUUUGGAGAAAGACUAUCAACCUGGAAUAACUUACAUUGUAGUUCAGAAGAGACAUCACACUCGAUUAUUUUGUGCUGAUAGGACUGAAAGGGUCGGAAGAAGUGGCAAUAUCCCAGCUGGAACAACAGUUGAUACAGACAUUACACACCCAUAUGAGUUUGACUUUUACCUCUGUAGCCAUGCUGGAAUACAGGGUACCAGCCGUCCUUCACACUAUCAUGUUUUAUGGGAUGAUAACUGCUUUACUGCAGAUGAACUUCAACUGCUAACUUACCAGCUCUGCCACACUUAUGUGCGCUGUACACGAUCUGUUUCUAUACCUGCACCAGCGUAUUAUGCUCACCUGGUGGCAUUUAGAGCCAGAUAUCAUCUUGUGGACAAAGAACAUGACAGUGCUGAAGGAAGUCACGUUUCAGGACAGAGCAAUGGACGAGAUCCACAAGCUCUUGCCAAGGCUGUACAGAUUCACCAAGAUACCUUACGCACAAUGUACUUUGCUUAAAAAGUCUAAGAAUAUUCUCUGAGAGGAAGAACUGGAAGAUGAAUCAACAUACAACUUAUGUUUCCAGUGGAGUCAGCUGAGUGGGGAUGCCUCCAGCCGUACAGAAACCAACACUGUGUGGGGGCCAGGGCCUGAUCUUUAUGUUGAUACAAGGAAGAUUGUUUACUUCAUCAAGGAACACAGCACCAUUAUGCAAUAUGAAACCAGCCAACUGCUUUUUUGUGCGGUCUCCUGUAGGAAGUAUCGCGAUCGUUUUGUUUUCACUUUCUUGUAGUCUAACCCUUUUAAUGCCUUUACCUCAAGUUGCUUGGCAGCACAACUCUUUGCAAAAAAAAAAAAGUAAAGAAAAAGUAAAUGAUGGUUUUUUA